AGGACUUAGGGGAUUCAGAGUUCAGAUCUAGUCAUCUCUGGACAAAUCGCAUUAAAUAGCAGAUGUGACUCAAGCUUAAGCGGAAAAUGUGCAGUGUCAACUUGGCGUUCAGCUGUGGGGAAUUUGGGGUUUUAGGUAAUUCCGCUGAAGCAAAAAGAACACAUUUGCUUCUCAACAUUUAGGAAUACGUAAUAUCUUUUUUUAAAAGCGAUUUCUAUUUUUGGAAAACCUCAAAAGAUGGCCCUGUUCAUAAUAACAAUCCUGUCUGAUUCCAGAUCAUGGUCCUGCGCGUAUUUCUGUGUUUUAUUUCCAAAUCUACCAAACACACCCUUUCGAGUUAGAGUUAGGAGUAAAGAAUGAGUGGAUGAGUUCAGUCCAGGUGUGUUCGGGACUGCGCCCUUGCGCCUGACCAUGAGCACAAAGCACCAAAUGUUUUACUACACUACGACUAGGAAUAUCAAAAUAUUAACACUGUUUUAAACACUAGUGUAACUUCACUAGUCAGACUGUCUUCUCUUGCGCGUUUGGUAUGUGCGUGUGCGUGUGCGUGUGCGUGCGUCUAUGAACUUUGGUGGAACCCCUGGCGCACAUCUGGCCACUGCUUUGAGUUCGGAUGACGCUGCGCCCCUUGCAGGCAAAUAAUCAGGAAAGUUGCGGCUGAAAUUUGAACGACAGGAGUUUCAAAUGUCAAAAUAUCUGCGUGAGAGUAAGGAAAGGAGACAGGCUGCUGAAUGGCUGGACUCUCGGGGAACGGAAAGCUUCGGCAGUGGCUGAUUGAGCAGGUGGAUGGGGGGAAAUACCCGGGGCUGGUGUGGGAGGACCGCGAGAAGAGCACAUUCCGUAUUCCGUGGAAACACGCCGGCAAGCAGGAUUAUAACCGCGAGGAAGACGCGGCGCUCUUCAAGGCCUGGGCGCUCUUUAAGGGCAAAUACCGCGAAGGCAUCGAUAAACCGGAUCCGCCGACAUGGAAAACGCGCCUCCGCUGCGCCCUCAACAAAAGCAACGACUUCGAGGAGCUGGUGGAGAGGAGCCAGCUGGACACCUCCGAGCCUUAUAAAGUUUACAGGGUCAUUCCAGAGGGCACUAAGAGAGCGUCCUGUGAGAGGACUUCUACAAUGACAAGCCCUCACAGCUUUCCACUGUACCCGACAUACACACCUCUGCAGAGUCAAGUUUCUAACUUCCUGUCUCCAGGUGAGAAAGGAUGGAGAGAUUUGCCAGAGCAAGCUCCAUUUCCAGAUUUCUACUAUCCCUACAGUCCAAACUCAUACACCGCAUCCUGGGACUCAGUCGGUUACCAGAUCAGCAACUCUUUAUACAGCUGCGGUGGUUUUGACCCUUCACCAUCUACCUUUAACUUGGAGCAGAACAUGAGAUCUGCAGCUUUCUCUGAUCCCAGACUGCAGGUGUCUGUAUUCAGUGGGGAUUCUCUGAUCAAGGAGAUGACUGUGUUCAGCACAGAGGGCUGCAGGUUGGCUCCUUAUGAAGAGAACCAGAAUUACGGAGGCCCUGAACUGGUGCAACUUCCUCAGGGUGAGGGCACGGAGCUGGAGCGUGGCGUAUUGGUCUGGAUGGCUCCUGAUGGCCUGUGCGCCCGUCGGCUCUGCAACGCCAGGGUCUAUUGGGAGCCGGCACCCACCACCAACACUGAUAAACCUAAUAAACUGGAGAGGAACCAGACCAGCAAACUUCUGGACAUCCAGCAGUUCAUCGCAGAGUUACAAGGCUACUAUCUACAGGCACGUCCUCCUCCUUGUUUCCAGGUGCUGUUGUAUUUUGAGCAGUGCCAUGACAUCCACGCUCACAGGAGGCCCAUAACAGUGCAGGUGGAGCCAUUAUUUGCUCGCCAGUUGUUCAUCUUGAGUCAGCAGAGCAGCACACACCACAUGAGGGCUCCUGAUAACACACCACUGAUGUGGGAGCAGAUGCCUCCUUCUCAGCAGAACUACUACACAGGGAGCUCUCAACAGCAUGACACAAUGCAGGACUAAAUUCCAUGUGACACAAGUGAGGAGGUGAUGACAUAACCAUUGUGCUUGUUUCAUUGCAUUAGGAGAAAAUAUAAGAUAAUUAAGUACUUAAAGGCAGAAAUCUACAAGAGAAACUGUGAGAUCUACUACCAGGAAUGAAAAUGAAAAGUAAUCUGUCUGCCAGUUUUCUUUUGCGGAUUCUUCUUUUAUUACUUUUGUAUUUCCGUAGUAGCAUUAUUGUAGUUCUAUGGCAUCUCAUGGACAAUGCAUGCUUAGACUUGCUCAUUAUACAGAUUUUUAUUUGCUGCACUGAUGAAUAAACCUUAUCCAUGUCAAGUAUGAAGAAAUGAAAUAUAAAUAUUGUGGAAUAAACAGAUUCAUUUUGUUCUAAAUGAUUUGAUAAGAGAAGGAGAAUAUAAAAGGGCUGUUUUAUGUCUCGAGAAAAUCUGUGUUUUGACUCUUAACAUUAAAGUCGGUUUACCUGAACCAACAAUA